AUGGAGGGAUCGGCGAUGGAGGGCAAUCACGGAGGCGAUCCCCGCGCCGAGCAUGCCGCAACCAAGGAGUGCGAGGCGGCGGCAACGCAACACCAUCUGACGUUGCUCCAGCCGACCGUGGUCGAAGUUUCUGCAGCCGUGCUGGAUAAGGACAAGGUGGGGGAGCUCGAGUCGGUGGGGCUGGUCGGUGGCUCUCCACCUUCUGGUGGACGGGGGAGGCCAAGAAAAGCAUCCGGCGGAAGGAGAGGCAAGAAAGCAGCGAUGGGAACAAAGCCGAAACGGGGCGAUGAAGACCCCGGUGAUGCGGAGGAGGAGGAGGAUGAAGAGGAGGAUGCGGAGGGAGAGGAGGUGGCAGAGGAAGCGGAGGAGGAUGACGCGGAUGUUGGGGAGGAUGAAAAAGAUGAGAAUGAUGGCGGGGAGGACGAAGAGGAGGAGGAGGAGGAGGAUGAGGAGGAGGAGGAGGAGGAGGAGGAGGAGGAGGAAGAGGAGGAGGAGGAGGAGGAGGAGGAGGAGGAGGAGGAGGAGGAGGAGGCAGAGGAGGAGGAGAAGGAGGAUGAGGAGGAGGAGGAGGAGGAGGAGGAGGAGGAGGAGCAGGGUGACGACGAGGAGGAGGAUGUGGAGGAGGAGGAGGAGGAGGCAGCAGAGGAGGAGGAGGAGGAGGAGGAGGAGGAGGAGGAGGAGGAGGAGGAGGAGGAGGAGGAGGAGGAGGAGGAGGAGGAGGAGGAGGAGGAUGUGGCGCCAGUGAAGGGACGGGGCGGGCGUGGCAGACAGGUGAGUGGUAGAGGGAAGGAGGAGGGCCGGACUCGCCCUUCCCGAAAGCGCGGGGCAGUUGACGCUGCGCGCGGCGAAGCAGCAGGCAAACCGAAGGCGCGUAAGGUGAAGGUCAAAAGUGAAGGGGUUGCCCCUCGCGUUACAGGCAUUAGGCCGCCCGUAAGCGUGCAACGAAUGCAUCUAACGAAGGCUGCCGGAAGAGCGAGUGUUACACCGCUCUCCUCCGGAGCACCAAGGUACUACACGCCAUGGGCUGGCCCGAGCAAAGUCGCUGCGACGGCACCAGACGCGCCAAGAGGACUAGAAUCCGAAUCCCCUCCACCCGCCCCCAUCACGCAGUCCCCACUCGCCUCACCCUCAUACCAAUUUCGGCAACUCCACGCUUCUCCUGUCCGGGGCAGGGCGGUCUCCCCUCUCGCCGAUCCUUCGCGCGGGCAUCAGGCAGGCAGUCGUGCCAAUCCCUUCCCUGAGCUCCCCUUUUCUCGCCAGCGUGAUAGUGUGAGGGCACACGGGACUGCUGCAGAAGACGUUGACCCCCUUGGCCAGAGGGGGGUUUCUUCACACCCUUUUCCUCCGCACAUGGGUGCCCUAGGUGAAAGUGCGGAGCACGAGCAGUUUGUUACACGGGAGGAGUUCCAGGCGCUGCGGUCUGAGAUGUACGCCAUGUUUGCACAGCUCGGCCUGCGUCGUGGAGUACCUUCCAGCUAUGCCAGCGGGUCGGCAGCCCUGCCUAUGGCUGGUACCCCGCCGCCGAUGAGUGCCGUGGACAAGGCACGAGUGCUAGUGUUGCAGGAGACAAACCCAUUCCCGGUAUGUGGCGGGCCACAUGGGGCGGGUUGGGGUUGA